AUGGCUAGAAUCACAAAUCGCGACUUGGAACGACAACUGGGCUUCUUUGAGUCCCCAACAAAGAAGAGAUGUGCUCAUGAAGGCCCGCUUAGAGACCUGCAGGUUGAGAUUGAGCGUAUCGUUGACGAGUAUUCAACUUUACCCAGCAACAUAGUCGCUUUGUCAGUGCCUCUGAGGCAAGAUCUUGACAGAGCAUAUGCAGAUUUGGGUCCGCGACUGUGGUCUGAUUCCAACGGCAGGUUCGACUAUCUUGCAAAUGCUCGCGACAACGAUCUGGAGGGCUUCUACACGCGGAAUCUCUUCUACUCCGUACCAGAGGACAGAACUUUGUUGGAAGAAUUAUUUCACAAAUGGAUCAAACAGAAAGUCGUCAGGCGAGUUUCGAAUGUUCGGAAUGGCAUGGUGAAGCCCAGGGGGCCGCUGCCCGACUGGACACCCCAUGCACGUGGCAAAUCAUCAAGCACGAGCAUUCGUUCAAGACUUGAGUCCUCAGAGGUGAGCGAUUUCAGCUCAUGUACUUCGCAACAGUCGGAUGUUGAGGAGAGUACUGGUCCUUCGGAGUCAGAUUCGGAAGACAUUGAGAUCAAACUCCCACAGCGAUCGCGAGGCUUACGGUCCUCGCGAGCAUCGUCGGCAUUCCUACAGCGUUUGGAUGGCAGAAGCGCGUCGCGUCGCAAACGACAAAGCUCUGCCGCGGACCAAGCACCACAGACCAAGCGCACUCGUGCUGAGCAUGCCGUCUCAGGCAUUAAGUCAACCUCUUCAACGCUCAUGGUCACCUUGUUCAUCCCACCUGCAAAGCUGGCUUUCGUUUCACAGCAAUACACCCCGUUGGAGAAAGUGAAUAUCAAUUCCCCAAAUAAACUCAGCUCUCUUCGCCAGACUGCUGCUUCUACUCACAAGAGAAAUGAAACGCCCAUCUCUGCGAAUGCCACUUCCACAGAUCACGGAGAUCAACCAAAAUGUGGUUCGACACAAUCUACUAUCCCAACGACUGAGUUGAGCGACGACUUCGAAGGCGUCAUACCUGUACCUUUAUCUUGCGGGAGUCAACAAUGCGAGCGCGACCAACAGGGCCCUUCCAACGAUGCGCUGACCAAACCACUUCAGAGCGGCUCAGGACACGACACGACCCCUACCCGCCAUCUGUAUCGAUCUGAGACACCAAAACCAGCUCCAAAAUUGUCCGACCUCGAUGCUAGGGUCUCUGAACUGUUCACGGCCGUCUCAGGUCCUUUGAAGACCAGUAGUUAUGCCAGCUCAGUUCGUCCAACGACUUCUGCUGGCCUCGAUUCCGCAUUGCUUGCCUCUGCGACUCUUCAGGCUAUGGGACCAUCGCCUUCGACCAAUGGCACCGCCGCAGAUUAUACUGAGAGCAUAUCCGUUAUACAACAUCCUGCUGCAAUCCCUGCGCAUCAAUCAACCCCUAAAGAGCUGGAGCAGAAUAAUCUCAUGAGUAAUGCGUUGGAGGAUGGUAGCUCGGGAAAUGCUUCGGGGCAGGCUUCGGCGAACAUCUUCGAGAAUGCAGAGAUUCUCAUCGACUGGGGCAUGGACGUAGGUCCUCCGACAUAUUUCGCGAUGGAGGACUGUGCGUUGGUAGAGGAUCUCUUCUGCUUGGUCGAGCGAUACAUGCCUACGCCUUUACGUAGCAUGCGGAUCAAAGAAUUGGCCUUUGAAACGAUCACGAAAAUCGAAGGACCAAAGGUCGACUGCCGCAUUAUUCGAGAUAACCAACUUGGACGUCCUAGUCUGCGCAGAAUGAAGAAAGUAUUGGCGAGACAGUGUAAGGAACAGAACGAUCUGGAGAUGAAGAUACAUGUUGAGUGGGAGUGCCGCAAAUGA